AUGGCAAACGCUAAUUGGCAAUCACAGUUGAGUGUAGUCGAGAAAAGCACCUAUCUGGAUCUCUUCCAAAAGGUUGAUGCAGACAACAAAGGUAUCGUCUUACAAGACGAAGCUCUGGAGUUUUUAAAAAAGUCGGAUAUACCUCAAAACAUACUAUCGCAGUUUUGGGAUGCUGCAGACAACGAUAAGAAAGGUUUUCUAACAGAACAGGAAUUCUGCACCAUAUUGAAGUUAAUAGCCUGUGCUCAAAAUGGCAUCAUGACGACAGAGCCAAUCCUGGCAACUAAAGCACCUUUACCAAAGUUUGAUGGACCUGGGUCAGCCAACAAUGUCAACUCUCCAUUUCAACACGCCCAACAACAACCCCAGAUGCCCAUUCCUCAAAGGCAAGCAUCGGUUUCAAAUAUGGAUGUAGUCAGCCCAGAGGAUAGACAAAAGUACAUUGGAUUGUUCCAAUCGUUUGGCCCUAUAAACAACAUUUUGAGUGGCGAGAGAGCAAAAGACGCCUUUAUCAGAUCGAAUCUACCUCCUGCUAUCCUGCAAAAUAUUUGGACUUUAGCUGAUACUCGCAAAUCAGGCACACUGAACCAAACUGAAUUUAUCAUUGCAAUGCAUUACAUUGAGAACGCAAUGAAGGGUAUGACCAACUUGCCAGCAACUUUACCGGCCAAUGUCUACGCUUCAGCAACUGGAAGAUCAGUCCCAGCUUCACCACUCGUACGCAACAACACGCUGCAGGUCAACAGCCCACCUCCCGUUCCUAUGAGAUCACCUGUGUUUAAGGGAGCUACGACUGCCAAGUUGGAUAUUGCUCCUGAUGAAUACGCAAAAUACCAGGCAUUCUUCCGUCAGUUAGAUACAGAUAAUUCAGGUUAUGUGUCGGGUGCAGAUGCUGUCGUAUUCUUUAGACACUCCAAGCUGCCAGAGUCUGAUCUGGCUCGUAUUUGGGAUUUGGCUGAUACAAACUCAUCGGGUCACUUAUCAGAGCAAGAGUUUGCCAUUGCUAUGCACAUGAUCAACCGAAGAGUCGCAGGUGGCGAGAUUCCAAACUCUCUACCGGCAUUCAAUUCGAUUCCAGACUACAAUCCGCCUUUACAGCAACAGCAACAAUCUCAACCUCAGCAGCAAAAUGUCGACCUCUUGGGUCUAUCUUCUGAUGCCGAUGGUACGCCUGCCCCACCAACCCCUCAGCAACCUCAACAGCCCCAAACAUCCCACUAUAGGAACGCUGAUUUGGCCAGAAUGCAAUCCACGCUUCAAUCUGACAUGACUUCAGAGAGGUUGAGGUCCCAAACUGCUCAAAGUCAGUUCCACGUAGAAUCACAGGCAGUACAGGAGCUCUUGCGACAAAUUGAACAGCAAAAAGAGGAACUAGCCAAGCUCAGACAGCAGGCAGACGACGCAGAGAAGCAGUUAGAGGCUGAACAAAAGCGCAAAGAGGAAUUAAGCAAGGAAUUACAAAUGUACAAGCAAGAGGCCAAGCACUUUAACACGCGCAUCGAGAAUGCCAAAGAAGAAACAGCCAAAUUGCAGGCAGAAAACGCAGCAUUAGAAAAAGAGAAGCAAGUAAAGAGUUCAGGGCAAUCACCCACUCAGUCCGCUCCAACAACAACAGCAGCUCACGAUUUCUUUUCGCUCUCUUCAGCACCACCUGCAAAUAGUCCAGGCGGGGGAUUGUUUGCCAAAGUGCAGGAGCCAGCUUCUUCCUCCUCAUUCUCCCCUGUCAUGUCUCACCACACUGGCUCUACUGUCAAUUCCCAACAACAGCAGCCGAAAUUUGAUCCUUUUGCAGGAUUUAAAGCAACUCAACAAAAGAACUCUGCACCCGCGUCCCCAACUGUGUCAUUGAACAAGCUCAAGCAAGAGACUGAGCAAAAGAGAUCAUUUACACCUACAUCCAAUGUAGAAAUCAGCGACAUUGAGUCCAAAUUCCCGGAUCUGAACACCAUGGAACAGAGCUUUGCGGCGCCAUCAUCUCCUGCUCCACCAGCAGCACGUUCUGUUGGUAGCCCUUCCUUAUCAACAGCUACAGUAGCAAGUCCCAAGCCUGACAAUAGCCACUUUUACAAUAACCUAUUUUCAAAACCUUCAGUGAGUCCAUCCAUGUCAAAAUCAACACCUGCUGCGAAGAGAGAUCCCAAAUCCAAGUACGGGUUUGAUCUCUCGGCAUUUGAGCCACCAAGCUCAUCUAUUGCAUCUCCAUUUGAAAGCAAAGCAUCCAUGAAGGACGAACUAAGCUCAUUAUUUGGCAGCCCCUCCACCAACAACGCCCCAUUGCCCAAUACAACAACAACAUCAGCAACAACAGGCCAAAAUACAGGAUUUGAUGAUAUAUUUGGCGCAGGUAAUAGUAAUAGCACUGGCAAUGCGAAUAACGCAAGCUCGUUUGAGAAUGUCUUUUUUCAAAAAUAA